UGCGCACUGCCCUCCUCCCCGUCUGCUCCUGCACGGCUGUGCUGUGGGGGCGGCUCUGUGAGGACACUCCCCUUCUCCCCGGGCAUCUCCAUUCAACUAUCCCUCAUACAUCCAAUACAGAGUGCGAGGACGGCGACCGCCUUCCAGGGGGGCCCAGCAUGGAGAUCUCAGAGAGCAGGAACAAGAAGGUGAAGCUGACGGGGAAGCUGCAGAACUGGGGGAUGCAGCGGGCUACCAAUGUUACCUACCAAGCUCACCAUGUCAGCAGGAACAAGAGAGGUCAAGUUCUCGGAACAAGAAGUGGCUUUCGCGGAUGCACUGUCUGGCUAACUGGCCUGUCUGGUGCUGGAAAGACCACAGUAAGCAUGGCACUGGAGGAAUAUUUAGUGUGCCAUGGUAUCCCAUGCUAUACGUUGGAUGGAGACAACAUUCGUCACGGGCUCAGUAAAAAUCUUGGCUUCUCUCAAGAAGACAGAGAAGAAAAUAUUCGACGUAUUGCUGAAGUUGCCAAGCUCUUUGCUGAUGCUGGCCUUGUGUGCAUUGCCAGUUUCAUAUCUCCGUAUGCUAAGGAUCGUAACAAUGCACGGCAAAUUCACGAGGCAGCUAGUCUUCCGUUUUACGAAGUGUUUGUAGAUGCUCCUUUGUAUGUUUGUGAGCAGCGAGAUGUCAAAGGUCUUUAUAAAAUGGCAAGAGCUGGAGAAAUCAAAGGUUUCACUGGAAUUGAUUCUGGUUAUGAGAAGCCUGAGUCCCCAGAGCUGGUACUGAAAACUGAUUCUUGUGAUGUAAAUGACUGUAUUCAGCAAGUCGUUGAACUUUUACAAGAAAUGGAUAUUGUGCCCGUUGACGCAUCUUAUGAAGUCAAGGAGUUGUAUGUACCAGAGAACAAACUACAGCUGGCAAAAACUGAUUCUGAAUCAUUGCCGACAUUGGAAAUAAAUAAGGUGGACAUGCAAUGGGUGCAAGUUUUGGCAGAAGGCUGGGCAACACCACUAAAUGGCUUUAUGAGAGAGCGAGAGUAUUUGCAGUGCCUUCAUUUUGACUGUCUCUUAGAUGGGGGUGUCAUCAAUUUAUCUGUACCGGUUGUGCUGACGGCUACCAAUGAGGACAAGCAAAGGCUUGAUGGCUGCACAGCAUUUGCUUUGGUAUAUGAAGGCAGAAGAGUGGCUAUAUUACGCCAUCCGGAGUUCUAUGAGCACAGAAAAGAGGAACGUUGUGCUAGACAGUGGGGGACGACAUGUAACGAUCAUCCAUACAUUAAGAUGGUGAUGGAAAGUGGAGAAUGGCUGGUGGGGGGAGACCUUCAGGUCCUUGACCGUAUUUAUUGGGGUGAUGGCUUAGAUCAGUACAGACUGACACCAGCUGAGCUCAAGCAAAAGUUUAAAGACCUGAAUGCCGAUGCAGUCUUUGCCUUCCAGCUGCGUAAUCCUGUUCACAAUGGACAUGCAUUACUGAUGCAGGACACACACAAGCAGUUACUUGAAAGAGGUUAUAGACGCCCUGUUCUUUUACUUCACCCACUGGGAGGCUGGACCAAGGAUGAUGAUGUUCCCUUGAUGUGGCGAAUGAAGCAACAUGCUGCUGUGCUUGAAGAACGUGUGCUGGAUCCAGAGACCACAAUAGUUGCCAUCUUUCCAUCUCCUAUGAUGUAUGCUGGUCCAACAGAGGUACAGUGGCACUGCAGAGCACGGAUGGUGGCAGGUGCUAAUUUUUACAUAGUGGGGAGAGAUCCUGCAGGAAUGCCACACCCAGAAAAUGGAAAGGAUCUGUAUGAGCCUACGCAUGGAGCCAAAGUCCUCACCAUGGCUCCCGGACUGAUCUCGCUUGAAAUCGUCCCAUUCCGGGUGGCUGCUUAUAACAAAAAGAAGAAAUGCAUGGAGUAUUUUGAUUCUGCGCAUGCUGAAGACUUUGAUUUUAUUUCUGGAACGCGAAUGCGUAAACUGGCUCGUGAGGGACAGAAUCCACCAGAUGGUUUCAUGGCACCAACAGCCUGGGCUGUGCUUAAAGACUAUUACAGAUCUUUAGAAAAGGCAUAAGAGGGCUCCAGUACUUGUACUUUCUUAGAUCCUUAAAGGACCAUGAUAAUGCUUCUUGUUCUUGCCAAUUAACGUGUUUCUGAAGACCAGCAUUUGUACAUCUUUGCUCUGCGCUUGGCUUUUAGAUUAACUCCUUUGUAAACUACUCUCAAGCACUAUGUUUUAAAUCAGACUGCUUUAUUUCUAACACUGAAACUGUUGCUAUGUGCUAUCUCUUGCCUGCAGUCUCUCUAAUUUUGGGUCAUUGAUGACUAGUAUGCUAACACAUGGAUGUUCCAUUCUUACUAAUCAUAACAAGACAAAUGACUACCAAUAAACUGAAACAGUGUUUCGCCAUACCACCUUUACAUAGUUUUCAGUAAAAGUACACCAUUUUGUUUUUUUCUCCAUAAAGCUACACCAGUCAAACUGUUUGCUUAUGCCACAUAUGUAUACAAUGUGUAAACUAUUGGUAUACUAAAGGCAUGAUAAGUCAUAUCUAUAUAAUAACGUGUAUGCAUAGUCCCAACUCUGUGCUCCUUGAACUUUAUCUAGUGGCCCAUGUAAUAAUAGUCAGAUUUCUGUUCUUUUAGCCUUUGUGAUGAGCCAUUACUAUCUUAGUAGCCCUUUUGAUGGCUGCCUACGCUUUCUUGGUCUCAGCAAUAAAACCAAAGGUUACAAUUUGCUCAUUGCUGCAAACGUAAAUAA